AGCAGAGGGAGAGGAAGGACCAGCAGAGAGCCGGGAGAGUGAUCCUCAACAUCCCGACUGGAAGCUUCGCUCUCAGCCGAGAGGACCUGCUUGCUGCCCGGGUCUUCACUGACCAGCAGACACCUCUCUCUCUGCAGCAUUUCUGGGAGGUGAAGUGGAGACAGGCUAAUGUGCAUUUACCCAGACCUGUGGGAAUAAGGACGGGAGGACCGAGCGAUGUCUUCGCCGGGUUACACCGUAAACUACAGCCGGAAUUCGACGCUGAACGGCGGAUCGGCACCUUCCCAUCAGAACGGUCCAGCACAGACGUACCAAUCCAUGCAUCCUCCUGCAGGCUGCUAUGGAGCCCCACCUCAACAACAGAGCUACCCCACCAUCCCUGCCCAGUCCACCCCUCCCAUCAAAGCCCCCCUCAUGAACAGUGCCCACAGUGCUAACUACUACCAGAGCAAUCAUCAGCAGCAACAGCAGCACCUCUCUCAGCACCAUGUAGCACCCUCCUCAUACAGUGCUCCCCUGAACUCUGCACCUCCUUCUCAGCCAUAUCCACCUUCAGCACCGCCGCCAUCAAAUGCCCACUACAACCAACAAUCAUUCCAGCAGCAGCAGCAGCAGCAGCAGCAGCAGCAGCAUCCUCCAUAUGCCACUCCAGGAUCCUACUAUACACAGCAGGCAUACCAUGCUCCCCCAGCAGCAGCACAGCCCUUUCAGCAGCAGCAGCAGCACCCCAGUUUGGUGCCUGCACCGCCUGGUGCCCCUGGAGCUCCCCUCUACCCAAUUGUUUCCUACCCGUCUGCGCCUGGAAUUAGCCAGUACGGCACCCUGAGUUCCUCCCAGAGCACCUCCAGCCUUGGAGUCAUGCCGACCCACAUGGGUGCACCGCUGCAUCAGUACAACAGCCCUCCGCCGGCCACAACAACAACAGCAGUGCAGUCUGGGUACAGCGCGGCUCCUCUUAAUCAGCAGGGGCCGACAGUCAAUGGUCAAGGAAGCACAGUGCACCAACACUAUGACCAGGGCCACCAGGCGUCUCUGAGCUACGACACGUACAGCGGGGUCGUUCACACAGACCCUCGGCCCUCAGGAACUCAACCAACUUCAGUGCAUUCCUCACCGGGCCACCACCAAGGUAACCUUUUACCUUAUUUCCCUACCAUACAUGAGAUGACACGUGGUUCAAAAACUUGAAUCUGCCUUGUUACCCCUCUUCAAUG